GUAGUUCUUUUGUACGACGAAGUGGCGAGAUGGGUGUUAAAGAUGAGUUAAAAAUGUGAUCUGCUUCUGCCGUUUAACCUAAAUAAGAGAUUAGUGUUUACAAAGUAUAUUCCUGUUAAACAGGAGUGAAUUUUAUGAUAAUAUUCGAACAUUACGCGUAUUUAUACAUUUAGGUGUGCCAGGUGUGUACAAAUAAGAUAACCUGCUAACCAAAAAAUGGAUUGCCUAGUUGCAAAUUACACAGAAAUAUUUAAGAAGAUCGACGGCAACGUAUUUGAAGUGUUUGCGAAAUUUUACGAUACAGAUUUGACUCCCAUAAAGUUAUGGCUAGAAAACCAGUUCAAAAAGAAAGUUGUAAAAAACAAUGCUGUGUCAACGUUGCAUCGAAGAGAAGGCAAUGCAUUUUAUGCUAAGAAGGAUUUGGUGAAGAGUCUGGAGUUUUACACAAAAAGUUUGUGCUAUGCCACACCUUAUAGUAAAGAAUACGGACUGGCUUUAGCUAAUCGAUCAGCAGUUUCAUUUGAAAUGAAAGAGUUUCAUAAUUGUUUAAAAGAUAUUGAAUUAUGUUUUAAAACCAAUUAUCCAACCGAUUUGAAACCUAAAAUUUACAUCAGGAAAGCUGAGUGUUACUUUGAAUUGAAUGAGAGAGAAUCAUUAAAUAAAUGCAUAUCAGAAGUGUUCAAUUUUCUGGAGUCUGAAAAUAUUCCAGACAAAGAAAAAUUCACAAUGAGGUUGAAUCAUAUUGAAAAGCUAGAAAGCAGUCCAAGCAACUUGGAAAAUUAUCAAGAUAAUAUUCCAGAAAUUCCAGAAUUUCCAGAUGGAGAAAACAAUUGUUUAACUUAUGCAUCCAAUAAAGUAAAGAUGAGGUAUAACAAAGAUAGUGGCCGGCAUAUCAUUGCUAGCACCAACAUACGAAGAGGAGAUAUACUUUUUGUAGAAAAAGCAUUUAUUUUUGCACCCGUUUUCAAAGAAAACAAAGAAUUCUAUUCGUUUAAAUGCUACAAUUGUUUAAAAGAUAUAAUAAGUAGCGUUCCUUGUAAAUAUUGCACAAUUUGCGUAUACUGCGACGAAAACUGCCGGGAUUUAUCAUGGAAAAACUGCCAUCGUUGGGAAUGCUAUGGAAUGCAAGCUAAUAUUUGGUUUGACUUAGGUAUUGCUUUCCCCGCGUUUAAAGCAAUGUUGCAAGGUACUUUAUCGGGAUUUCGCACUUUGGAAUGCAGUUUUGAGGAUGACGUGAAAUGCUUUGGGGACAAGGAAGACAACUAUCGUUAUUUUAACCGACUAUUGUCUAACAUUUAUAAGAAUAAGAAUGUAGCACCCUAUAUUGUUAUGGCUGCUAUCGUUAUUUCGUAUUUGGAAAAGUAUACGGAUUUUUUCACGUGGUUUUUGAAACAGUCAAACUGUCCUAAGAAAGAUUUAGAUAGUUUGAUCAAAUAUAUUGGUGGCCUUAUAACCAAACACAUCGCUCAACUUGCGUGCAAUUCAAGUACCAUAGAACAUUGGAGUUGUUCUUCGUCGGAUUUAUUGUUUCCAGAUGUUCUUAUAACUAUAGCUUGUGGAAUAUUUCCUUCUGUUAGCAUUAUGAAUCAUUCAUGCAGGCCAAAUGUAACGAAUUAUUUCAUCUGUGAUACUAUAGUUGUUAAAGCAUUAGAGGAUAUUCCUCAAAAUGAAGAAAUUUUCAACUGUUACGGAAUAGAUUAUAGGGGUAUGGUCAGGGAACAACGACAAUAUGCGUGUAGAAAACUCUACCAUUUUGAAUGUAAAUGCGUCAUUUGUUCUGAUCCAGCACACGAGUUGGACAUGCUUGAUAGCUACUUGUGUCCAAAGUGUAAGGGAAUGGUUCCUGAAAUUAAUAACACCGGCCUAAGUUUCUGCAUUAAUUGUGGUGAAAAGUAUGAUUUGAAACCUUUCAGGAAGAUUAACAAUGAAGCUCAAAAAUAUUUGGAAACUGAUUCCACCAACCAACUGGAACUUUUAAUAAAAAGUUUGAAAAUCCGGGAAAAAAUCUUGUAUAAACAUCAUAAGGAUUUUGAGGAAGUCUAUUAUAGGUUGUACAGUUUCUAUGUUGACCACGGAGACGCCGAAAAUAUGUUUAAAUAUUUUCAUCUGUGGUUAGAGAAUGAGAAAGCUCGUCGCGGCAAUAACUCUAGAGGUAUUGGGACAAAACUUUACGAAGCUGCACUUGCCAUCCUUCAUUGCCUGCAGAAUGGACAGCACAAAAACUGCACAAAUCUCAAGGCUUUUCUACGAAAUGUUGAAUACAUGAUAAAAGAAGCUAAAGUGAUUCUAAAUCUGUAUUAUCCAACUUACAUCACGAGUAGACUGAACAAAAAAAUUCAAUUUAUAUCGACAAAAUAAUUUUUAUUGAUUAAAAGAUUUUUCAAAAA